CCCCAAAACACCGCGAGACUCCGAAACACACGCGCCCUCCAUGCCCACCAGCCACGCAAUCUCCCGCGUAGACGAACAGACGCCGCUGAUUGCUCCCCCUACAUCGCAAGAAACCGGCCCGAGCAGCGGUGCCAGCAUGAGCAGCGCGCUUUUCUGGAAAGUGGGGGCGCUGUCAGGGGCGCUGGCAGUCGGGCUCGGCGCGUUCGGCGCCCACGGGCUCAAGAAGCGCAUCGCCGACCCGGCCAAGCUGGCCAACUGGGGCACAGCGGCGCACUACCAGCUGAUCCAUUCGGUCGCCAUCCUGCUCGCGCACAACCACCCCGUGCCGGCGACGCUGUUCGCGGCUGGGACGGCCCUCUUCAGCGGCAGCAUCUACGCGCUGACGCUGGACACGGAGCGGUUCCGGUUCCUGGGGCCCGUGACGCCGCUCGGCGGCCUGCUGCUGAUUGGCGGCUGGGUGGCGCUGGCGUUUGCCAAGGGUGGUCCGCCGCCCCGGUGGCCGCGCUUCUAAGUCUGAUCAUGUCUCUGUGGGUUGACUGGCAUGCGGAAUGCUGCGGGUAUUCAGCUUCUGUA